GAGAGAGAGAGAGAGGGUAUGUCUAACCGCUACCGUCCUUGUCCAGACCGCAGUAUAUAGACGGGGAUUGGCUAUCAGGAGACAGUCUGUGCCUUCUCCCUGGAUACCGUCACAAGAUGCAAGUCUCGAGGUACUCAAGUCUUGUUGUAGUUGUGGUGGCGACCACGGUAGCGCUAGUGUACUCUGCUCCCCAGGAAGCUCCCACAAGUGACCCUCCAGGACCUGCUGAAGGAGAAGCUCCCAUGCCUUUCAUGUACGAGUACAAAGUGGAGGACGCAGAGUCAGAGCUCUACCAUGGGAAGGAGGAGAAGGGUGACGAGUCCGGGAGGGUGGAGGGCAAGUACUACGUCUGGUUACCUGACAAGAGGUUGAUGACUGUCACCUACUACGUGGACGGGGAGAGUGGCUUUGUACCCACCAUAACGUUCGAGGACAACGCGAGUCCUAUCGGGAGUCGUCGGUAAUGCUGACGUCUCUACCCAUAAAACCUCAUCUCUUCAGUGGUCAGCUGUAGAUCUCAUGAAGCCUUCCCUCACAUUUCCUUAACCCUACCAUACCGAAUGAUCAUCUCAACAGCUGACCAAUCUCGUGCUCAACCGAAGCCUACCAAAUGCAAAACUCGCACUUCGGGAGGCUUAGGCUUACUUAACUGGACUGUCGUACAAGUGUGUUUAUCGCCUAAACUACAGAAGUGUUGAGUUUAGUACUUGUGAUAAGACAAAAAUUUUCUUCAAAUAAAUUAAUUCGAAUCUUAAAACUCAAUGGAAUCGGAUGUUUUAAAAUUAAUUUGAAAUUUUUAUAUUUUAGAGACAAGUAUUUUAUUCAACAAUUCUGGAAAUAUGCUAUAAAGUGCCUGAUCUUGUAGUAGAUUAUUUGCCAUUAGGUACAAAUACACAUGUACUAAGUGUAAUGCCAAGAUUUUUGUAUGAUAUUGCAAUAAACGUUUUUUACUAUUAA